AAGGUCGUGAGUCCCGCUGAGCUGUCCCCGGUGCCGCCGACCCGGGCCGUGUGCUCGCCGACCGCAGGCGCGUGUGCCCGUGGCUCCAGCCGCUGCCGCCUCGAUCUCCUCGUCUCCCGCUCCGCCCUCCCUUUUCCCUGGAUGAACUUGCGUCCUUUCUCUUCUCCGCCAUGGAAUUCUGCUCCGUGCUUUUAGCCCUCCUGAGCCAAAGAAACCCCAGACAACAGAUGCCCAUACGCAGCGUAUAGCAGUAACUCCCCAGCUCGGUUUCUGUGCCGUAGUUUACAGUAUUUAAUUUUAUAUAAUAUAUAUUAUUUAUUAUAGCAUUUUUGAUACCUCAUAUUCUGUUUACACAUCUUGAAAGGCGCUCAGUAGUUCUCUUACUAAACAACCACUACUCUAGAGAAUGGCAACGCUGAUUACCAGUACUACAGCUGCUACCGCCGCUGCUGGUCCUUUGGUGGACUACCUAUGGAUGCUCAUCCUGGGCUUCAUUAUUGCAUUUGUCUUGGCAUUCUCCGUGGGAGCCAAUGAUGUAGCAAAUUCUUUUGGUACAGCUGUGGGCUCAGGUGUAGUGACCCUGAAGCAAGCCUGCAUCCUAGCUAGCAUCUUUGAAACAGUGGGCUCUGUCUUACUGGGGGCCAAAGUGAGCGAAACCAUCCGGAAGGGCUUGAUUGACGUGGAGAUGUACAACUCGACUCAAGGGCUGCUGAUGGCCGGCUCAGUCAGUGCUAUGUUUGGUUCUGCUGUGUGGCAACUCGUGGCUUCGUUUUUGAAGCUCCCUAUUUCUGGAACCCAUUGUAUUGUUGGUGCAACUAUUGGUUUCUCCCUCGUGGCAAAGGGGCAGGAGGGUGUCAAGUGGUCUGAACUGAUAAAAAUUGUGAUGUCUUGGUUCGUGUCCCCACUGCUUUCUGGAAUUAUGUCUGGAAUUUUAUUCUUCCUGGUUCGUGCAUUCAUCCUCCAUAAGGCAGAUCCAGUUCCUAAUGGUUUGCGAGCUUUGCCAGUUUUCUAUGCCUGCACAGUUGGAAUAAACCUCUUUUCCAUCAUGUAUACUGGAGCACCGUUGCUGGGCUUUGACAAACUUCCUCUGUGGGGUACCAUCCUCAUCUCGGUGGGAUGUGCAGUUUUCUGUGCCCUUAUCGUCUGGUUCUUUGUAUGUCCCAGGAUGAAGAGAAAAAUUGAACGAGAAAUAAAGUGUAGUCCUUCUGAAAGCCCCUUAAUGGAAAAAAAGAAUAGCUUGAAAGAAGACCAUGAAGAAACAAAGUUGUCUGUUGGUGAUACUGAAAACAAGAAUCCUGUUUCUGAGGUAGGGCCUGCCACUGUGCCCCUCCAGGCUGUGGUGGAGGAGAGAACAGUCUCAUUCAAACUUGGAGAUUUGGAGGAAGCUCCAGAGAGAGAGAGGCUUCCCAGCGUGGACUUGAAAGAGGAAACCAGCAUAGAUAGCACCGUGAAUGGUGCAGUGCAGUUGCCUAAUGGGAACCUUGUCCAGUUCAGUCAAGCCGUCAGCAACCAAAUAAACUCCAGUGGCCACUACCAGUAUCACACCGUGCAUAAGGAUUCCGGCCUGUACAAAGAGCUGCUCCAUAAAUUACAUCUUGCCAAGGUGGGAGAUUGCAUGGGAGACUCCGGUGACAAACCCUUAAGGCGCAAUAAUAGCUAUACUUCCUAUACCAUGGCAAUAUGUGGCAUGCCUCUGGAUUCAUUCCGUGCCAAAGAAGGUGAACAGAAGGGCGAAGAAAUGGAGAAGCUGACGUGGCCUAAUGCAGACUCCAAGAAGCGAAUUCGAAUGGACAGUUACACCAGUUAUUGCAAUGCUGUGUCUGACCUUCACGCAGCAUCUGAGAUAGACAUGAGUGUCAAGGCAGAGAUGGGUCUAGGUGACAGAAAAGGAAGUAAUGGCUCUCUAGAAGAAUGGUAUGACCAGGAUAAGCCUGAAGUCUCUCUCCUCUUCCAGUUCCUGCAGAUCCUUACAGCCUGCUUUGGGUCAUUCGCCCAUGGUGGCAAUGACGUAAGCAAUGCCAUUGGGCCUCUGGUUGCUUUAUAUUUGGUUUAUGACACAGGAGAUGUUUCUUCAAAAGUGGCAACACCAAUAUGGCUUCUACUCUAUGGUGGUGUUGGUAUCUGUGUUGGUCUGUGGGUUUGGGGAAGAAGAGUUAUCCAGACCAUGGGGAAGGAUCUGACACCGAUCACACCCUCUAGUGGCUUCAGUAUUGAACUGGCAUCUGCCCUCACUGUGGUGAUUGCAUCAAAUAUUGGCCUUCCCAUCAGCACAACACAUUGUAAAGUGGGCUCUGUUGUGUCUGUUGGCUGGCUCCGGUCCAAGAAGGCUGUUGACUGGCGUCUCUUUCGUAACAUUUUUAUGGCCUGGUUUGUCACAGUCCCCAUUUCUGGAGUUAUCAGUGCUGCCAUCAUGGCAAUCUUCAGAUAUGUCAUCCUCAGAAUGUGAAGCUGUUUGAGAUUAAAAUUUGUGUCAAUGUUUGGGACCACCUUAGGUAUUCCUGCUCCCCUGAAGAAUGAUUACAGUGUUAACAGAAGACUGACAAGAGUCUUUUUAUUUGGGAGCCAGAGGAGGGAAGUGUUACUUGUGCUAUAACUGCUUUUGUGCUAAAUAUGAAUUGUCUCAAAAUUAGCUGUGUAAAAUAGCCCGGGUUCCACUGGCUCCUGCUGAGGUCCCCUUUCCUUCUGGGCUGUGAAUUCCUGUACAUAUUUCUCUACUUUUUGUAUCAGGCUUCAAUUCCAUUAUGUUUUAAUGUUGUCUCUGCAGAUGACUUGUGAUUUUUUUUUCUUUUUUUUAAACCAUGCAGAGCUGUUUGACAGAGCAUGCUCUGCGUUGUUGGUUUCACCAGCUUCUGCCCUCACAUGCACAGGGAUUUAACAACAAAAAUAUAACUACAACUUCCCUUGUAGUCUCUUAUAUAAGUAGAGUCCUUGGUACUCUGCCCUCCUGUCAGUAGUGGCAGGAUCUAUUGGCAUAUUCGGGAGCUUCUUAGAGGGAUGAGGUUCUUUGAACACAGUGAAAAUUUAAAUUAGUAACUUUUUUGCAAGCAGUUUAUUGACUGUUAUUGCUAAGAAGAAGUAAGAAGGAAAAAGCCUUUUGUCAAUCUUGGUUAUUUCUUUAAGAUUUCUGGCAGUGUGGGAUGGAUGAAUGAAGUGGAAUGUGAACUUUGGGCAAGUUAAAUGGGACAGCCUUCCAUGUUCAUCUGUCUACCUCUUAACUGAAUAAAAAAGCCUACAGUUUUUAGAAAA